AUGCCAGCUGAUCCCGACCCAUCGAACCGGAUCCCACCGUCUGAAGGUCCUGAUUCGGCUCACCGGCAGUCUUAUCCUGCCAUGACAAGUGGGAAAAGCCCGCGCCCUUCUGACCCUUCAACCGGUACAGGUGGUCUUGCAGUCUCAGCCACUAUUUUUGGAGACCAGCAAACUACCUCGCAGACUUCCACAUUACUACCCACGGAGGAAAGUUCAUAUGCACCGCCCGCCACCAACACAGACUGCAUGAUGUUCGACCCAGACUCGUCCGUUGCGUCGCCCACAUUCAACAUUGACUCAGAAGAGGCAACUGGAGCAAGUAGGCUACAUCACAUACAUUCUCUGGCAAUGGUCCAUCUCUCGGACUCCCAGCAAGGAGAGAGCCGUUCACAGGCGUUUAUCAGCCAUCCACAACAAGCAGCUUACCAGCCGCACACAGCUUACGCCGUGAAGCGUGAGCGUGUCAUGUAUUUCGGCCCUGGCACGACAGCGGGUAGUCCGACCUUCAAUAUCCGGUCUCCGCGUGCUUCUGGUACCAUCGAACAAGUCAUCCCUCAUCGCUCAGAAGCGUUGACCGAAUCCUUCAGUUGA